AUGAAGGAACCGAAGUACUUCACCGUAUACGACGAUUUCUUUAAAGAUGCGAAGACCUUUCUAAACACAGUCGUUGAGACAAAGAACAGCAUUUUCGAUGUGAGCAGCAGUGAGGAGUCUAGCUCAGAGGAGAAGAACGAUGGCGGGGAGGAGGGCCCGAGGAAGGAGAGGCACAUCGACUUUUACCUGAACAACCAGAGUAACAGGGCCGUGUGUCACAAGGACAGCAGCAAGGAGGGGAGCACCACGGGGAAGAGCGCAAAUAGGAGCGGUACAAAUGGGAACGACCCAAAUUGGAGGGGUACAAAUGGGAACAGUCCAAACCGAAGUGCUCCACACCGGAGCGGCCGACACCGAGGUCACCACAACGCGGAAGCGGACGCGUACAGAAACAACCACUGCUUCUCCAACAUGAAUCAUUGCGCGUCGAAAAUCCUUCUGUGCUACCAGAACACACACACCAUGUGUCUGUCCUACAAGCCAUACAACGAAAAUGUGUGUCAAGACUCGGCGAACAUUAAUUAUUCAAUUUCCAUUUUUAAGAAGAGGGUACCCAAUUUUGACAUGGAGGAAGAGAAGUAUGCUUUUUAUGGAGAAGAGGAGGAUAACGGAGUUUUACGCUUCUUGAAGAAGUGGGCAUUUUGGCGUUACAGACGGAAGGGAAGGAAGUUCCCCUUGAUAGACGAGGAAAGGAGUCAAUUUAGGCGGGGCGAAAAGGUAGGAAGCAACUUUCACGCGGAGGAUGCGACAGGGACAGGAAAGGAUGUACGCAGAGGAAUGGAAAAAAAUUCGAAUAAGUAUAGCAAAGAUCCAAUGAUGAGGGGACCCAGUAGAGAUUUCCUCACGAACAGGGGAAAAGGCAAAAGUGCGGAGAAUGCUGAGGAGGAAGCGAAAAAAAAAAGUGUAAUUUUGAACGAAAUGAGGAGAAAGAAAAAGGAAAGGAAGAAAGGCAUAUCAUAUGAACAUUUGCUAAGUCCAAGUAAGCAUGAGUAUGAUGCGUUUUGUCUGUUUAAUCCUCGUUUUAAGCAAGGAAAGCAUCACACAGUGAUGUGUUUGCAAGGCUAUAAUGUGUCUGUGAUUCCUUUUGUGAAGGCCAAAAAGCUGAAAGAAGAAGUGAAUGAAUUGUUUAAUGAGAUAAAUCCCUGGAUCCACAAAUCGCUAACAUUAUCCAAGCUGCGAAAUUUAAAAAUUGAUCUUUUCAAUUUGAUUUCUAACAUCCCCCAAAUCGACAUUUCUACCAUCUGCUGCGCGUGGGUCUUCUUUGAAAGGCUGGUCAUUAAGGGCUAUGUCCAUAAGUCCAAUCGGAAGCUCUACGCAGCUACUUGUCUCAUUUUGUCCCUCAAAUUUUACCAGCAUGACGACAUGCAGAUUUUAGAGAAGCUCCUCUUCUAUAUUCAGAAGUUAGACAAGAAGGAGAAUUUAACGCCCUCGCUUAUUUUCUCCGUGGAGUUUCUCGUUUACCGCCUGCUCGACUUUUCCCUGCAGCACACGUACGAGCACAUUCGCCCCCACAUAUACCAGUACCUGGAGUCGAAGGAGCUCAACUUCGAGGACGUCUAUGGUAUUUCGGAAGAGGUCUACCUGUGUUCGAAUUACCCCAGCAAGGCUUGA